AUGAUUGACGUAACAUCAAAAGAUCCAAAAAUCGACGACAUCCAAGAAUCUCUGUUCAAACUCACAACAACUGACGAAUCACGAUUCGUCCACGAAGUCCUCAAAAUAUUCAGAUCACAACACCGAAAAUGCCGAGACGACAAAGAAAUCCUCCAAGAAAUACAGAAUUACAUUCGCGAAAACAAGUAUCACGAGAUCCUAUUAUUCCUCUACAUCCAGGAACACCGCCACAACACAAACUUUCAUAGCCUGCUGGCGUUUAUGUACUAUUGGGGCAUUGGGACUUCGAUCGAUGCGAAAGAGUCGUUCUUUUGGUACAAAACAGCCGCGGAAAAUGGGGACGCAUUGGGCCAGAACGAGUUGGGAGCGUGCUAUGGGAUGGGAAGAGGCGUGAAGUUGAAUAAUGAUUUGGCGGUGUAUUGGUAUAAAAAGGCUGCGCAUAGCGGGUCGCCGAUGGGACAGUUUAAUUAUGGAUCUUGUUUGGCGUCUGGGGAUGGUACGCCGACUGAUUGGAAGGCUGCUGAUUAUUGGUUGAAUAAGUCGGCGGAAAACGGAUGCUCAAAUGCAUUGGAUUUACUUGGAUAUUGUUAUUCGGCUGGGAAGGGGGCACGGUUAAAAGAUGAGCGGCGUGGAUAUUUAUAUUUUCAAAGAGCUGCUGUCGCUGGACACUAUGGUGGUCAUUAUAACAUGGCAGAGUGUCACCAAAAUGGAACUGGGGUUAGUAAGGAUUUGCAUCAAGCUAUUCGGUUCUACCGUAAAUCUUCAGAUGAGGGUUAUAUUUAUGCGCAAUAUCAAUUAUCUUGCCUGUUUCGAAUCGAAUACUGA